CUUCAAGAGAAAACGUGCCCCCCUUACCUCACCUCUCUCUCUCUCUCUCUCUCUCUCUCUCUCUCUCUCUCUACAAUGGUGUGACUAAUACCUACUAUUGACAGGGUUGUUUAAUUUUCAUUCAUGUUACUGUAGAAUCUGGAUGCGUAAAGAGGGUUCUUUACUUUUCAGUCAUGUUACAGAUGAAUUUGAAGGUGUAAAGAGGAAAAGAGGUCCAGGAGUUCAAUGAACAAUGGAUAAUUCUUACGUGAAGAAAAUGGCAGUUGUUGAAUUACACAAGGCGUCAACACUUGAUUCAUAUGUUAAUAAUAAAGAGAAAUCAACCACAAGAACAUCAUCCAUCAGGAAAAUGUGGCAGGAUCUUGAAAGUGAGGGCAAAUGCGAAAGCAUUGAAAGUGAAGAUACCAAUGAAAUUGAAAACGAGAGUCCUAAAAACCAAAAUCAAGAAGCAGUUGAUAAUAGAUUAUGCUUGAAGCGUUCUCCUUCUCUCGAUGUUCCAGCAAAAGAGCGCGUGAGGAAAGUUUUCCAUGAUUGGGGAAGCAAAAGCUUUGAAGGUCAUACACAGUAUAGUUCACGUAUGAAUAAUUGUUCAAGGGCAGAAUCGGUAUUUAUCCGUAGGGUAUAUGGUAGACAGGCUGUUCUGGACUUGUUAGCGAAGUUUAUGAGAGAAAGGAAAACAGAGGUUGAGGAUUUAUUGAAAAAUCAAUUCGUAUCAAAUUUCCCUCAUCGCCCUCGAAUUCAGUCAUUGCUGAAAGGUAGAUUUUUGAGGAACAAAAGAUUUGCAGAAGAUCAAAAACAGGCUUCUGUUGCUGAAAGUGAAUUAGGGUUAUUGAGGCAAACACAUUCUGUAUCUGAUAUAAGGAAGGGCUUCCUCUCUAAAUUGAAUAACUAUGAGAAAAAUGCUUCAGAGGUCAAUGACAACAUCCGACAAGCUGAAGAAAUCGUUCAUGAAAUUGGUGAAGAAUUUGAAACAACUAAUUUAACAAGCAAACAGGAAGCUUACAAUCCACAACAGUUGUCUUCACAAGCAGGAGAAAGACAUGAUGAUGAAGACGACGAUGAUGAUGAUGACGACUUUAUCAUGCAAUAUGAAGAAAGAGACGAUUCAGUGGAAGAAACCAAUCAAAUCACUUAUCACGCUGAAUUCCCACAGGGAUCUCAAUCGAAUGAAGAAGUGCGUUUACAUCCUUUACACACGAGUACAGAUAGUUUAAAUUGGCAAGAAAUUUCACACGCAGAAGAAGAGUGGGAUGAAUCCGAUUCAGAAGAAGAUGAAGAUGAUGACAGUGAAUGGCAUCAUUUAACUCGGACCAACUCAGACGAGGGUAUAGAUGUCAAUUCACCAGUAAGAAGCGACUCUCAAGAGUGGAUCGAAACCCUAGAAAGCAGGAGUAACGCAUUCUAUUGGUUCGAUGACGAUGAUAAUAACGACAGCAGAUUAGAACUCACGCAACUUACAAACAGAAGAACAGUCUCUAAUCUUCUUCAAAGUGAUUUUGGUGCACGUUUGAAUCAUCUGUUGAUGCAAUCAUAUGUGAAUCGACAAAAUCAAGCAUUUGAAUCACAAAAUGAAGCUGUUGAUUCAUCAUCAGUUGUCAUCCCAAAAACAGAGGAGGAAAGGGAGAUAAUCAAUGGAUUAAGGGUUGAUAUGGAUGCACUUCAAGAAAGAAUGAAUGAGAUGCAGAGGAUGCUGGAAGCUUGUGUGGAUAUGCAAAAAUCAGUGCAUCAAGAGCUUAAUUCAGCUCUGAAUCAGUCAUCAUCUUGCUAUUUAUGUUGUGAUGAUGGUUUUGAAUCAUUACCUGAAGAAAGAUCUGGUGUACACAUGUGUAUAUGCUCAAAAUGUGCUCAGAAAAUAAACUGGUCAAAGCUAAAGGAAAGUGUGAGGUGAACAAGUAGUACAAGUUCAAGAGUUAUAGAGAAUGGGAAUUAGCAGAUGGAAUAAGAAAGAAAGAUAGUUAACAGUGUUUUCAUCAAGGUCCUUCUGAUCAUCGGUAUUGUGUGGUGAUGAAAUGAAGAUGCUAGCUUAGUGCACUGAUGACAAAUCCCAAAAAAAAAAAAAAAGAACAUACAUCAUCUUUUAGUUUAUGUAUAUUGAUUUGGAUUUGGGGAAUUGUUGCAUUGGUUUGUUCUUUUAACAUUUAUAUAUCAAAUACACUUACUUACA